GAACAGCAUGUGAGAUUGCAAGAAUCUUCAAGAAUGAUGACAUUUUUAAGCUUUUGGGAGGUGAAAAAAAUAACACCUUAACACAUACAACGCAUGGUUCACCAUUUCCCGAAAAUUAUACGACCGUUUUUGCAGGAAACCCAUUAAAUAGAUUUGGCUGGAAACGUGAUCAACCUGAAUUUUUAUCCAUACUUGCUCAUUCACCAAAAUCAAAAUAUCUUAUUUUAAAUGAUUUAAAAGUGCUAUUUAAUAAUGAAGGAACUAUUCAUUAUGCUCAAUAUAAAGACUUGGCCUCUAUAGUAAAUUUAAUUUAUACAAAGGAAAAUAGUUAUAACCCUUCUUCAAAUGUUGCUUUAAUAUUCUUGGGUAUUGAUGAAAGUCAAGGUCAAGGUGAAGAAGGAGAAGCUUAUUGGGCAUUAGAUUUAACACCCAAAGAAGCAGAUGAGAAAGAAUGUAAAGAAUUAAUCCAAGUCUUUGAAGCAAAUGGUUUUGAGUUUUGUUCUAUACUUUCACGGGCAUUUACCAUGGAAAAAUCAACAAGUGCUAUUAUCGCUCAAGCAAUUGCUAUGGUGGAUUGGAAUAGUCGAAAUAAAUAUUGUCCUGGAUGUGGUAAACGUACUAUUUCAAAUGAAGGUGGUUAUAAGCGUAGUUGCCCGAAAGAAGACAGUGACGAUAAAAGAUGUAUUAGUCAUAAAGGUAUCCAAAACUUUUCUUAUCCUAGAACAGGUAAAAGUCAUAUUAUAGUAUAUACACGAGUGUGUGUGUAG